AUGGAUGAAAACAAACGUGUGACAGUAGCAACAUCUGUUCAGGAGCAGCAGUUCAUGGAAGACAAGAAAAGGAAAAAAGACGAAAAAAGGAAAAGAGAAGCCUCUCAGAAGGUUGCAGAGCAAAAGAACAAAGUGCCAGAAUUGACAAAGCCAACUUCAGCCCAAUCUCCUGCCUCUCAGAGCAGCUCUGCAUCCCCCAGCCGUGGACCCACGCCUACUGCCUCUCCAUCCCCUGCAACCUCAGGCCCAGGCAGUGCUGCCACCCCGUCUCAGGGCGGCAACAAUGCUAAGCGCCUGGCAGUGGCCAACGGACAGCCCACCUCCAGUAGUUCUUCCUCUACUGGCGGACCUAGUGCUGCUGGGAACGGCAGUACAAGUAGUGGAGGCGGAACUCAGGCGCCUCAGCAGCCGUCACGAUACAUGCCGAGAGAGGUGCCGCCACGAUUCCGCUGCCAGCAAGACCAUAAAGUGCUGCUGAAGAGGGGACAGCCACCACUGUCCUCCAUGCUGCUGGUAGGAGGAGGAGGGGAUGAUUCGAGCUCAAACGGGGCUGCUGUUUCAGAUUCUGGCAUGGCUACAUCUUCAUUGACGCUCACCUCAUCAGUUGCUGCUUCUACAACUAAUUCUAAUUAUGCAAAUUCCAUGUGGGGGCCAAGCUCAGGCAGCCAGGCCACCUCUCAAGGCAGGGAGAAGGUCAUUGUUGAUGGCAAUGAUCUCGAGGAGUGGCCGAGUAUACCGGGCACUGAUGGAGGAAACAGCAGCAACAAUGGAAUGCCUGUGAACAGCGUCAGUGCCUCUGGCAACCAAUCUUCAUCUACUUCAUCUUUCUCUUUGCCCAAUGAAUGUAUGCAGUCAUCCAACAGCGUGGUGUGGGGAGCGACUGCCUCCCAGGGUCAUCUUGGAGGAGGUACUGCAGUAGCUGCUGCUGGGUCUCUGCUACAACAGUCCUCCUCACUUUCCAAAGCCUCCACUGUGCCAGGGAGCCAUGAUGCCAGUGGCCCUAUUGAUCGUAGCAGUGGGAUUCCAGGUGCCAACUUCAGUCCAAAUGCCAACCCUUCAGCCUGGCCUGCCCUGGUGCAGCAGGAUGACCCCGAUGCUUCAGGGGAAGAAGGUCUGACUUCCUUUCAUCACCAGAGCUCUGGAGGGUCUGCCAUAAACUCUGCUUCCUUGGGGCUGGGAGGUGGGGCAGCUGGGGUGCUGGGAAAUCACCCAUCUAUAUCUGUGAAUCAGUCAAAUGCCCAUCAGCAGCAACUUCACCAAAUGCAAUCCAGAGACUUGGGAGGGGGGAAAUGGGACAAUGAAUCAGCGGGACCAAAAAUUGCGGGUGGGGGAGGGUUUGGAGGAGGGAUUGACCGUGGUAUGGGAAGAAGUGGGAUAAAUGCAGGAGAACCAAACUCGGCCACCUCGUGGAGAGGCCAGCCUCCCUUCCCUGCUGCUUACUCCAAAACAGGUGCCUCAAAGAUUGAUGGAUGGGAGAGUGGAGGAAGUGGGGGUUUAGGAGCUCUAGAGGGUGAUAAAGAGACUUCAGGUUGGGGAUAUCCAAGUUCCACUAGUGGAGUUGAUGCUUGGGGCAAUGUUGAAAAGGAGGGAAAUGAUGGUCAAACCUCCAAGGCAUCUCAGGGAGGGUGGGGGUCAGGAGUUGGAGGCGAUAAAGGAAUUUCUGGUAGUGAUUGGGGUGGGAACUCUGCCGGCAUUGGUGGAGCAAAUUUAGGAGGUGAUGAAAUCGGGACCUGCAGUAGUAAUAGCAGCAGCAGUGGAGGAAGCACAGCGGGCAACCCACUUCCCACUUCCUCCACCUCUUCAACAGUCACCACUACAACCAGAGCCUGGGACAAUCAGAAGGGAGAAGGUGAAACAAGAGAAUGGGGUGAUCGAUUAGAAGGACAGGGAGCACUAGGAGGGUCUUCAUCUAGUGGUGGAAAUUCCAGGAGUGAGAGUGGGUUUAAUAAUAAUAAUAAUAAUCGUCUUCGCCGACAGGCACCUACAGCUGAAACUGCCUUACAGAGCCUGCUUAGUCGGUCUGAUCUAGACCCUCGAGUCCUGUCCAACUCAGGCUGGGGCCAAACACAAAUCCGACAAAACACAUCCUGGGAUAUUGAUGACUAUGCAGGACACAACAAAGGUGGACAUUCAUCAGCACCAUCAAAACCCACAUCGUCUCAUGGUGGGCCUACUCAGUAUUUUAGUGGCCCUAAGACCCUAAGCACUGAUUCUAUGGGUCCAGGGGUCAAUCCCUCCCUGCUUCCUUCUACUGGGUCUUCUGGAGAAGGCUGUGAGAACAGCAGCAGCAGUGGGGCCUCUUUGUCUGGGAGAGGCCCACCACCUACAUGCAGCAACAUGAAGAAUCAUGGUGUCCAACAAUCUGGGCCAUUGACCACAACCGCUCCUUGUAUGGGGUCUGGGGUAAUACCAGGGCCUAGUCAGCAGACAAAUGCUACAGGCUGGGUUGGAGGCAGAAAUGAUCCUGAGGCCAAGGGUUGGUUGAAUGAGGAAUGGAAAGGCAGCAACAGAGGAGAAAAGGGGGGAGGAGGAUGGGGUGAUAUUGGGAAGCAAAGUGACUCCAUUCGUGGAGGCUGGAGAGAAAGUCAGCAGGAGAAAGGAACGGGUGGCUGGAAGGAAAUGGGAGGGAAUGGAGAAGGAAGUGGGUGGGGAGCAGAGCAGAAGGUUGGCACCAGCAAAAACUGGUUAGAACAAGAGUCCAAAUCAAGUAACAAGGGGGGAGCUUGGGAUGACGAGAUGAGAAAUGGAAGACGCUCAGUUGGAGAUUCAGGUGUAGGUGUUUGGGGAAGCUGGGAUGACAGUGCACCUCGAAGAACCUGGGGAGCAGGGGGUACUGGAGUAGGAGGCAGUGGAGGAGGAGUUGAUGGAGAUGGAGACACGGGGUCCAAACCUCACCAUAACUGGAGUGGAGGAAGCAAAAUGCACCAGAUGCCAAACAGCCAGUCGGGCUCUGUUUCAGGCCCACAGGCACAACUGCAACAGCAACAAUCACAGCCCCGCAAUCAGCAUCCACAGCUGCAGCCAGCGUUGGACCAAGGGGCUAUGCAAGGGGGUGCUGGGAGGAAGCUCAUCUCUCAAGCCCAGUCACAGAACCAAAGCUCAGGCUGGACCUCUGGACCUAUACCUGGUGGUUCCAGAGGAGGUGGCAGUGAAUCUGAACCAAGUGGCUGGGAGGAACCCUCACCGCAGUCUAUAAGCAGGAAAAGUGAGAUUGAUGAUGGAACGUCAGCAUGGGGAGAUCCAACUCAUUACAAUUACAAACCAGUCAACCUGUGGGAUAAAAACAGUGGACCUGCUGGCCAGCAAUCACAUGGUCAAGGUCAGCAGCGGCAGCACCAGCAACAAAGACCUCCUGUGCAGCAGCAGCCCAGCAGGCAGACCACAGGCCUUGGAGGCAACAGAGACCUGAAUACUGCUCAAGGAUCUGCAAAACCUUCUGUUAUGGAUCCAUCAGGUUGGGGAAGCACUUCUCCAUCAAGUCCAACAGUAGACAAUGGCACAGCCGCUUGGGGAAAAUCAAGUGAUGCUCCCACUGGCUGGGGAGACCCCGAUGAUGCUGGAGGGAAGACUGCAUGCUGGGGAAAUCCUCUGGCAAACUCAGCUAGAUCUGGGUCAAAGUCUAUGCAAGAUGGCUGGGGGGAGAAGGAGAGCUCAGUAACAGCCUCACGUCAUUCGAGCUGGGAGGAUGAAGAGGACGGAGGAGGGAUGUGGAACAGCACUGGCUCCCAGGGAAGCAGCUCAUCCUGGGGACAGGGAAGCAAUGGAGGCUGGGGCCAAAACCAAACUGUAAAGAAGGCCAGCAAUAAGGUUCCUCUGAAAGCUGGUGGAGGUGAUUCAUGGAUGAGCCCCACCACCAGACAGUUCUCCAAUAUGGGAAUUCUGAAUGAUGAGCCCAGUGGCCCAAACCUCGACCUGGCUCCAGGUUCUCUUCAGGACAAGAAGAUUGAAGCAGAGAAAAGAAGCAUGGGAAUGAGUGAUUACAACGGUGACAUCAGGAAAGCAGGAAGAGGAGGAAGCAACGGAGGGGGAGUGAUUUAUUGCCCUCCUGGGUCCAAAGAAGCGGCACCAGGGGAUGCAGGGUCUUACUAUAACAGGGCCUUGCAUUUGGUCCAUCAGGAAGGCUGCCCUGGGGAGGCGGGUUCUUGCUCUCUGUACUCGCCACCCACUGUGUACAAGCCCCAUACCCUCUUCAACCACUCUGUCCCCUUUAGACAAGGUGGUCAGAAUAUAUUUGGCAGCACAGGAGGAAUGACCCACUCAAGACAUCAACAAAGUGUCCCACCGAUGAAUCAGUCCCCCGGGAUGCGAGCACAAGUGCCUCAUCAGUUCCUGCCACCUCAGGUACAAGGUUCUGUGCUGAAGCAGAUGCCACCUUCCAGCAGUAGCGCAGGAGGUGUCAGUGGCAUGGGAGGGAUGGGAGGAGUCGGCGGAGGUGUGUUUCCUCUUCAACUGUCCCCUCAGCAGAUUGCCAUGCUCAGCUUCUACCCACCUCAGAUCCAGUUUCAGCUGGCUUGUCAGCUCCUAUUGCAGCAACAACAGACUCCACAGCAAAUGCUGCAAAACCAGAGGAAGUUCCCACCUAAUGUUCGUCAGCAGGCUGACCCUCAACAGUUGGCCAGGAUCAUGGCAGCCCUCCAGCAGCAGAGGCAGUUUCAGCAGGCUGGAGGUUUAGGUGGCAGCUCCAAACUCUCCCCCUCCCACCAAGGCGGAGCGGGUCCCAAACUACCCAGUGCUGAAACUCUGCCCCACCCAGGCCUGGCUGGAUCAGUGGCUGACAUGCAGCAGAAAACUCUGGGCUCAUACUCUGGAUUUGGUUCUGGGGGAAACCUCACUGGUCUGGAUCUUGGUGGCUCAAUAGUUGGGGGGCCGGGAGCCAUGAAGGACUCAGGAGCUCAGCAGUCUCGCUUCAAAUGGAUGAUGGAGGGAAACUGUUCUCCCGAUACUUCUUCUCCAGAAAAUUUGUACCACAAAAAUGGUCCUGUAACCCCCAUAAAGAUGCCUGGGAGCUCACAGUUUUCCCAUUACGACAUGAUGGUUGGAGAUGGAUCAGGUGACACCUGGCACCGGACCCCUGGCAACAAAAUUAGUGCCAAACCUACCAACACACCAAGCUGGCCUCCUGAGUUCCAGCCUGGUGUUCCAUGGAAGGGAAUUGAUCGAGUUGAUCCAGAGUCUGACCCCUACAUGACCCCAGGGAGCAUGAUGGGAAAUGCAGUGUCCCCCGGUCUCAAUGAUACAGAGCACCAGUUGUUACAAGAUAAUACUGAUUCCACCCCUUCCCUGAACACCUUGCUGCCUUCACCCUGUGCCUGGCCCUACAGUGCCUCAGAAAGCCCCCUCAGCAAUGCACACAACUCAGCAAAGUACACGGACUACAAGACCAGCUGGCCCCCAGAGCCCAUUGGACACAAGUCUUGGAAAGCCAGUCGUUGCAGCAGCCAGGCCCAGUUAUCCCGGCCUCCUCCAGGACUUGCCAGUCAAAAGCAGCCAACGUCGCCUUCUUUUUGGUCGGGAGGGGCGCCUCGAUUGGCUGGCCGAGGCUGGGGGAGUGGCUCUAGCAACACGGGCUCGACCUGGAGUGGCGGGAGCUCUCGGGAAAGCUGCUGGUUGGUGCUCAGUAACCUCACACCACAGAUUGAUGGCUCGACUCUGAGGACCAUCUGCCUGCAGCACGGCCCCUUGCUGACCUUUCACCUCGGCCUUACCCAGGGCACCGCUCUGAUUCGCUACAGCUCUAAACAGGAGGCAGCCAAAGCUCAGAGUGCCCUUCACAUGUGUGUUCUGGGUAACACCACCAUCUUGGCAGAGUUUGUGAGUGAGGAGGAUGUGGGGCGCUACAUUGCACAUUUAGGAGGAGCAGGGAGCGAAGGAACCUCAGCUGGCUCUGCAGGCUUAGAACCCACCACCAGCUCCAGCAUCAGAUCGAGCAGCAACGGAGGGAACUGCGAGAGGAGCGGAGCAGGAAGCGGUGGCGUCGAAGGAGGAGGAGGGGAGGGCGUGUCCCCAGUCGGAGGAGCCAUGUCUUCCAGCUCAGGGUGGCACAGUCUGAACAGCACAGACAGCUCAUCAGACCAUACUGCCCCCCAAGGACCCGGGCUCGGAAUCUUCACCCAGUGGAGCAGCAAUGGGACCGGAGUGGUGGGAGGAGCACAGGAUGGAAGGCAGGGUCUGUGGGGAGGGAUGAGCGGGGCAGGUUACCCCAGCAGCAGCAGCCUCUGGGGCUCUCCGGCACUUGAGGAUCGUCACCAGAUGGGCAGCCCCGCCUCCCUGCUGCCAGGGGACCUGCUGGGCGGGGGGGCUGACUCCAUCUGAGGGAGGGUCCACUAACACAAGCAUCGUUCAACUGAGUUGUAUUCCAAAUUGUGCGCUCUGCAUUUAUUUACAAAAAAACAGAUAUGAAUUGAAACUGCAUCCAACACAGAGACACAUCCUUACCAAAACAUCACAUUAAACUGUUCCACUUUAAAUGAAGACAACAGCAAAACUUGAACUAGGUGGGGGAGGGGGGUGAAAUAAUUCAACUUUUUAAGACUUUAGCUCUUUGGUCUUUUUACUUCAUAUCCCAUCAUCAGCAUCCAGAGACCCAAUCCCUCAGGCAUGCACUGUGGACAGGCUCAGCCAGAGUCGCACAUGUCCACCAGGCUGUUAGCUGUUGCCGUUUUUAGUGUGCCACAUCUUUUUUUCCCAUUUUAGUGGUUUAAUCUCAUUCAAAUUGCAGACUAAGCCCUCAUACACCUGGCUGGCAUAUUUGUAUGUUUUUAUUUUUUUGUUUGGUGGGAAAAGCUUGAGAUUGAAACAGAUCUGCAGGAAAGGACGAGCAUUUUGUAGAACAUUUGGGACAGUGUUACACUACUGAGUCGAGAAGGAUGUUUAUCAACAUUUUAAAAAGCUGACAAGAAAAACGUUAGUCGGUACUGACAUCUUGUUGGAAAUACGCCUUGACAGUGGGACCCAGGGUAAAACGAAACAAAACAAACAAAAAAAUCAUGCCAUUAGCCAAACUUGCACUAUACACCUCUGGGUUUGUUUUGACUCAUCCUCUACAAAUCUCUUACUUUUCAUUUUGUGUUUUUGUAACCGAGCGACAACAAGUGAGGACCUUACAGGAUGAUUUUGCAGCAGUGGCCUUGGCUGCACACCUGCCACAUCAGCAGCAUCACUCCCGCUCUUCAGCUUCUCUCAGCUCUUAUAUUUGAGUAUCUCCCUGUCCGUGUAUGCUGGUUAAAUGCUCUUUGUUUAAACAAUAUGUGAAACUACGUGGAAAUGUCCCCCCCCCCGUUUUAUCCUUUAAACACUGACCUCAGUUUCUUUUUUUUCCCUGGAGAAAUCUCAUUGUGUACGGUCAUGAUGUAGCUAAUACUGUCCGUACAAGACGACCCCCCCUCCCCUCCUGCCUGCCUGCCUGUGUGCAUGAUCAGAGCGAUGGACCGAAUGGAAGAUAAUGAUGUGAUGAAGAUGAUAUCAGAUUGUGUGGUAUUGCUUCUACUUUGAAUGUUUUUUUUUUUCGUUGUUCAGGAGGUGUGUGUGUGUGUGUAUGUGUGUGUGUGUGUUUGCUUUUUCAACACUUAUCAGUUCCAGUCAGGGAAGUGAAUAAAUGUUGGUGUGGAUGGCUCGUUUCUAAGAGAAUGUAUGAUGUGAUGGCUAAAAAGUUCAAAACCAUUGGCACUAUUGCAUAUGUAUCUUAAGUUGUGAUUUAUUUUUUAGCAGCGUUCUGAUCUGGUUUUUUUUUUUUUUUUUUUUUUUUUUUUUCCUUUUGGGUCUGUCUAAUGCAAUAAGAGUGUAAUGUUUUGUUUUUAAGACGAAACACAACUGAAGGCAUUCAUGUAAAGAUGCCCUGUCCUACCAUACCAAGCUGAGCUGGAACAGUGUUUUACAGACACGUUAAAGACAUUACCUGUUAUGUUUUAUUGUUUUGUUUUUUUUCCAUGUAUUGAUUUAAAUUAAGUCGGUCUUAUCACUCCUGUUCAGGAAGUUUUCAUUUAUAUCAAAUGUUAAAAAAGUAAUUUAAAGCAGAAAAGUACAAGAUAAUAAAGGUUGAGUUGAAGUCUGG